AGACACCGAUGAUCCGAGCGAGCUCAUUAUGGGAAACUCAUGGCGGGCGCUUGCUACCAUAGCACACGAAAAACUGCUUAGAACUCCACAGCUUGCUCCAGGUGAAAUCUUCAACCUCUGGUGCCUUCGAUUGAGCUCACUUGCAAGAAUGCGCCUGUUCAACCAAGCUGCUGCCGAAUGUACAAACCUCUGGGCUAUGUUGGACAGCUUUCAUAUAACUGACCACAGUCACGAUCCAAUCAAUGCGACUGUCCCCUUUGAGCUUUGGUUACUGCGUGCGAGAGCGAAACUAUGGAUGAACGAUGCCUAUGGUUAUCUUGACGAGCUUGCGUCACUUAUUAGAAUCUGCAAAAGGCGGGCCAAAAAUCCGACUGUCUUCGGGGAUCCAAUCCUAUGGAAGGAUCAUGCUUGCCGGAUCCAUCUAUUGAUUGCAGGCCAACUCCUUGAUUUGGAGGAUUUUCAAGGUGCUCGAAAAAUCCUCAACGGAUUGUUGAGCUCCACUCCGCUCUCCGAAACUCUCAUUUUAGCGGCGGAACGUACAAAUUUCCAAUCUGGUCAUAUGGAAUCAGUACAACAAUCGCUCAAUGGUGGCCUUUCCAUGAACGGAUUAGGCUCAGCUUUACGAGCCAUCGCCGAAGGCAGAUGGGGUGAUGCCGUUACUACGCUGCAAGCACUGAUUGCUCAAGAUACCGGAAAUCUCAUGGCCUACAAUAAUCUCGCCGUGGCAUUACUGGGAAGUGGUCAGGUAGAAGAAGCCACUCGGACGCUCGAGCAGGCAUUGAAAACGUCUCCCUCCGCAUUUCUCGUCGCAGAGCCACUCAUAUUCAACCUAGCAACCUUAUAUGAAUUGAGAUCCUCCACAGCAUCCAUUAAGAAGCACGAAUUACUUGUGGAGGCGGCAAGAUGGAGUGGAGAUGGCAUUCGUGGAACAUGUUUGAAACUCUCAACAUCGUGAUACUGGUGAUAUGCUACGUCAGCAGCCGCAGGAAAAUUCGCCAGCAUCCAAUGCGCAAGCCGAGUAAAUAGUAUCUUCUCACUUCAUGCUGAGUCUAUCUCGAGCAAUUGGCUUCGCGUUGAAAGAACAAUGACCUAUCGAUGAGUGCGGAGGUAAACAUCCAGAUCCUGCCAUCCUGUACAAGGAUGUCCUUAAUAUACAGUGAUAUUUAGUCGAGUUUUUUUACUGACCUCCUCCUACUCUGCACAUUACUUUUCUCGUCUCGACGUGGCUCACAAUAGAUUUGGGAUUUGAGCGAUUG